AUGAAUAAAGUAACAGGGAAAGUGCAGUACUGCGUGGAUUUGGUGGCGAAACUGGAUGAGUUUAGACAACAGAAAGUGCUUUGCGAUAUCACUCUCGUCACGGCUGAGAGAGCCUUUCCUGCUCACCGAAACGUCCUUGCUGCUGGCUGUCCUUACUUUUGUAAACUGUUCACAAGUGACAUGAAGGAGAAGUGGACUGAUUGCGUAGAUUUAUCGCAGAUGGAAGUCACAGCGAACGCACUGGGUCCGUUACUAACUUACUUUUACACUGGUACCAUUGAAGUCACACAAUCCAAUGCUGAAGAACUUUUCAUUUCAGCUGAUUAUUUCUUUAUCCCAGAGGUGAAGUUGGCAACAUCAGCAUGGUUAGUUGCUAAUAUCAAUGUGUCCAAUUGUUUAUAUUACUGUGACUUAGCUGAACGUUAUAAUUGCGCAAAACUCUCUAAAGCGUGCCGUGUAUUCAUUGACAAACAUUUUUAUGAAGUCACGCAAUCCCAGGAUUUCCUUCGACUUGGUAUUGAAGAGAUCACAUAUAUGAUAUCUAGUGAUGAUAUUUGUGUUGAAAACGAAGAAGCAGUGUACGAGAGUCUCAUGAAUUGGAUCAGUUACAAUCAAGGUGAACGAGAAGUUUAUUUUCCUAAAUUACUGGCAUGCAUUCGAAUUGGCUCAAUGUCACAUGAGUACCUUCAGUUACAGGUAAUCACAAAUUCACUCGUUCAAAGAGAUUCUUCUUGCAUAAAACUAGUUGAGAGUGCCAUGAAAAGGGAUCAUUCAUCUAGUUGUUUGUCACCUCAAAAUCCAAGAAAAUGUCUGCAGCCAGAAACCGAUGUUGUUGUUGUUAUUAGUGGUUUGAUAAGGAGCAGCGAGACUCAAUCAACUUCAGUCCGUUGUUAUGUACCAGAAGAAGACAACUGGUUUGAAAUGGAACAUUUUCCAAACCAGAUUAACUGGCAUGGAUUUGCUGCAUAUGAAACAGAGCUGUAUACAGUUGGAGGAGAAAGAAAUGGCAUGGUGUCAAAAGCUCUUGAAAAGUUUGAUCUGGAGACAAACAGAUGGGAAACUAUGUCCUCGAUGUUGAAAGAGGUUUUAUUUCCAGCAGUUGCAUUCCUCGGAAAGUGUCUCUAUGUUAUUGGUGCUUCGAGGGGCCACAGAGGAACACUACAAAUUUACAUCCCUUCCAUGAACGUCUGGACUCUGGGAACAGACUUAAAUGUCCCACGAGAAGUCACUUGUGCUAUAGGUAAUGGGCAGUUCCUGUAUGCUAUUGGUGGGAUGAGAGCAGGGAAUGGUGAGUAUCUAAACUCAGCAGAGAAGUAUGACCCAGAGCAAGACACAUGGACAAGUAUUGCUCCCAUGACCCACCCAAGGGGUGGAACAUGUGCUGUGUCAUACAAAUCAUCAAUUUUUGUCAUGGGUGGGGAGUAUAAUGUGCGUGUUGCCCUUUCAACUUGUGAAGUUUACUCCACAACAUCUGACCAGUGGCAAUCUAUUGCUUCAAUGCAUGUCCCAAGGUACUUUGCUGGGGCUACCAUGGUAGGAAAGAAAAUUUAUGUUUUUGGAGGUGUUGGUGGAUCCAACGUGGACUUAGAACAAAGAAAAAUUGUUGACAGGUAUGACAUUGAACAGGGUGUGUGGAAUUCAGACAUUAUUAUUCCUUGGGAAGCAAAAUAUUUGCAAUGCUGCUCCCUUCGUGUUAAAAGAGACUUUUUGCAAGGUUUGCAGAUGGUUGCUAGUUGAAAUGACAAGAACUGAUUAAAAAAAAACUGAGGUCCCAAGAUACCUUUAACAUCUUGGAAAGUAUGGUUCCCCUUAAUGCGAAGUGUAGACCCACCACUAAAAGUUACUUUGAGUCUUGAAAUUUCUUUGUUGCUCUUAAUUGAUUGACUAAAAAGGCCAUUUACAUCCAGCUUAAAACUUGCCUUGCAGCAAUUUUUUUUCUCAUUAAUCAUGAUCCACAAUCUUUGAUUUCUAGAGCACUUUCUGAUUGAGUGUUCAAUUAUGCAGACUAAGUGCAUCUGGAGUUUGCAAUGAGACCUGAUAGUAAGAGCAGUUUUUAAUUGAGCAUGAAAAAUAAUCUGACCUUUCAUUGGUUUUGCUUCUCUUGAGUGUUCAAUUAUGCAGACUAAGUGCAUCUGGAGUUUGCAAUGAGACCUGAUAGUAAGAGCAGUUUUUAAUUGAGCAUGAAAAAUAAUCUGACCUUUCAUUGGUUUUGCUUCUCUAGACUGUUUAUGUCCAGAAAACCUCUGCUGUCUUCUAAGUUACUCAUUGAACCAGACCAAUUUCUUGCCACUUGCCAAAAAAUAAAUUUGAAUACUGACAAUACAUUAAGGAAAGGACCUUGAUAUUAGUGAGGCUACAGAGAUGAAAUGUGCUGAUAGUAUUGCCUCUUAAGGGGAUUUUAAAAUAUCCAUGCCUUUAUUAUCAUUUUUAUUAUUAACGUUAUUAUUAAGAGUAUAAUUGAUAGUAUUAUUAUUACAAUCUUCGUUAUUAUUUUUACUGCUCCUAUUAUUGUAUUUGUUUAGUUUAACACAACCAGUGCAUUAUCAGCUUAGGACUGGUGUAUCUUUCUUGAGAAUAUACCUUUGGAUUUAUUUGUUAGUUUAAUUUGUCACAAUAAAAUUACCUAUAAUACUGUUCCAGGUCUUAUAAUAUAUUGCUUGUAAAUUUAUGAAAGCUUUAUCUUCAGAAAUGCCAACAUCUUAGAAUAGGGAAAAAAUAUAUAUUGGUUUGAGAAAUGUUAUACCUAGCAAGAAAAAAAAGGAAAAAUUAUCUACUUCUGCUACUUAAAGUUUAAGAUUUUUUCAAAUCAACGAACUCCUCAGUAACUCCUGAUUUCUUAUUUACAAUGGUCCCUUUUAAGUGCAUAUCCUCUAACUCUUUGACCUCCAAGAGUGACCAGCAUCUUAUUUCUCCUUACGAUAUCACCCCUGAAUCAAACAUUAGGGUCACAAGAAUAUAGGAAAUGAUCACAAGUUGAAGAAGCUCUUGAUUUGUCAACACAUUCUCCUUGUCAGCACCUUAGAAAAAGUAUAGAGAACAGUAUGGAGAAUAUGCAUAUUGCUAUUUGGGGGUAAAGGGUGUUUCCUCAUGUUACUCCAUCAUUCAGUUUACUACACUUGGAAUGGAUAUAUUUUAAUCUGCGUGCACAAAUACCACUGGAUAAUUAUUCCUAAUGACUUAGUUAAUGAAUUUCACAAUACCAGUUCAUUAGUGGUAAUUUCUUCAUGCAGAUCCCACAUUUCAGCAUUAAUUGUAACAAAGGGUUAACAUUAGUUUAAAAAUCUGAUUUUGUUAAUAUCACUUGAAAGAAUUUCCUGUUGCUGGCCAAUUUAUUUCCUCUGAAUCAUAGCCCGACUGCUAAGUACUGCAUCCAAAUUGUGGGAAGAAUUAAGUAACGAGUUCAUAAGUUAUGGGACUUUAAGUACCACUGGGUAACUGUUAGGGGUUAGUCAGUUUGAUUUACUUUUAUGGAACAAAGGUAGUCUAAUUGGACCUCAUUGUUUUCUCUCAGAUGAGUUAAACUGGAAAAGACAAAUUUGUAGAGUAUGGACAUUGUAACGAAAGAGGAACACUGUGUCGUGUGUCUGGUUUGUUUUAGCUCUUGAACUAACAACAAUGACAACUUUAUUUGUACCCUACAUUAAUUUACAUGAUACAAAAAAAUAUAUUUGUAUAUAUUAUAAGAGAAAUGGAGAGGGUACAGGCUGCUCAUAAUAACCAGUGAGAGCUAAAAAGAUAAGGCAGCCUUACUUAGGUUUUUAAUAAAUGAUUAUUUUGAAGGGUCAGGUACCACACACUACACAAAAUGCAAAAAGAAAAAAAAAGUGUCUAGACAGCUACUUGUACGGUAUCUAGUAACACCUUCCAAGCGGGCUUAACUGUGUUUUGUGGCACGACUCGGAAGGAAUACAGGAUAAAGGAGCUACUUAUUCUUAAGAGACAAGAUGACUUUUAACAGGAUAAAGUAAUUAACGAUUUUAGUGGCAAAAAUGUUAAUCAGUUAACCUGUCAAACCCAACUGAAAAUAUGCAGAUACUACUCCAGUUUCAGCGUUCCAACUCAAACAUUGACUUCAAUUUAUUUCCUGUUCCCGUAAGAAAUACGGCAAAAUUCGUUUAUCUCUAAUAAACAUGACGAAUCGUAUGACUUGUUAGCUUGUCUCACGGAAUUCUAACAAUACUGCGAGGUACCUCAUUUUACAUCCAACAACAUUGCUACUCCGUGGUUUUGUGAUAACACUUGUACCUUAGAAACGAGUUUGUCCCAAGGUACCAAGCAGGGGCCACAAGGCACGAAAAAAAAAACCAUCAAUCCCACAUAUAACGGAUUUAAAAUGUCACAAGGUAAAUCAGAGCCGGUUUUGUAGAAGGUCACCCAAAUUCGUUUUGCAGCCAAUAGAAAGCGGCCUCAAGCUAUUUCGUAUUUGAAGGAGUUGUGAAAGGAUUUUUCGCGGAGAAGGUAUAGCAUAAAUGACAUGAGCAGGAUUUGGAGCUGAUUUCAUUAGAAGAAUCAGAAAAUGUUCUAUAAAUCAAUUUUUUUUGAUGAGGGUGGUUCUCCUGAUUACUGUCAUGAUGAGUUCAUCAUACGUGCUCUUGACAUGCAUAUAACUAGGGUUCUCUACACAUUUGAAAAUGACUGAAACUUACACUUUCAAUGCAUACCAGCGGAUCUUACCCAAGUAGUGGUUAUUUUCCGCAUAAUAUUGACCAAUUUUGUAUGCGAAUGUCCCAUGCUUUUCACGGAGCGAAAUAAAUAGCUUCGAUGCCUAUAGUCAUGAGUUGUGUUGCACAUGAGUCUUACGGCUUCCUUUCAGCGCUGCCUUGUAUUUACUGCUGAAUGUUCGUUAUUGAAGUAUGAAAUAUCAGCAAUCCUUCACAAUAUUUUACCGCUUCAAAGCACUCUUUUCCUCGUUGAUAAAUCUUAAAAGGCAACUCAGUUCUUUACCUCAGUUCUUUACCUUCUUUACCUUACAGUUCCUUACCUUACAGUUCUUUUCUUUAAGGAAGGAAUUAGUUGUACUGAGCCCGGCAAAGAAAAGUAGGAAGGAAUAAUUUUUAAUCUUUGAGUUAAAGCAGUACAACCAUACAUCUGUAUAACUUAAAUUCUCGUUGAAGGGGAUAAGUUUCUAAAGAAACUGUGGUGCUGGGUCGGUGGAAGGUAUUGCAAGAUACAACUUGGUUUUAUUAACUGAGUUGAUAAUGCAAAUUGGCCACCGCUAGGAGUUUCUAACGCUGAAGUUUCGAGUGGUACGUCACUUCUCUCUCCAAACUAUCUCAAUUCUCCUUGGUUGAGUCGCAACUUAUCAACUCAUUAAAUAUAUAGCUUUUAAGGAAAUUUUACAGGCUGAUUUCGCGAAGACUCCAUUUGAAAGGCGAAUGUGAUUUAUAUGCCUAUUUGAUACAGAAAAUAUCCAAAUACCCUCCUUCCUCACUGUACGAAGGAUGAAUCAGUACUAAUACAGAAGGAUUCUUUCAUCACUUGAUAUUUAUCUGCAGGAACCUUUCUAGGUUAUCUUUUACUACAACUACAUGAAAAGGAAAAAAUGGACAGAUUUUUUAACUGGAAAAGAUCUUCAAUUGAAUAAUUCACUUUACUUGCUACAUAAAGUAAUAAGGGGAAAAAAGAAGUUAGCUGCUGUUUAUGAAGAGAACUUAGAAAGUCACAGAGUAAAGAUGAUGAAUUGAAAAUUUCUUGUACCUCAACUUUAACUUAAACGUGUAUUACCAGGUAUCAAAGUUACUCAGUAACGACUGUAACAGAUAUUGAAAGAAUGAAAGACUUCAUGCGACCAGAGACAUUUCCCAAAUGGAAGAUCCCUGAGCUAUCUUUUGUAUUUUACGAGAGGUCUGUAGCUUUCCUCACGAAUAACCUUUGAAUUUUCGAAAUAGAUCUCGCUUAUUCCCACCUCUGCUAUUUAUUUAUCUAUAUAUUUUUUCAAUUUAUAUCAGUAUGUGCUGAUUCUCGUGGGACAAACUUGAGAAGGCUUGUUUUCUCUUCAUGGAUAACUCUCUGUCCCAUGCCACAGGUUGAUCUAAAUCCUUAUUUGAUAUUUUCAGCCAUUAUAAACCAAAUGUUACCUGUGUUACUGCCUUCAUUAAUCCACGCAGUUUCUCUGUGGAAAGAAAUCAUAUCAAAGUCAUUUAAUAGAUGAAUAAGUUAACGACUUCGAGCUUUGCCGGUAAGAAUGGUUUAAGGACUCUUAAGUUAGCAGGGUAGUUAACUACCCUGAAUUAUGAGUUCCUUAACCAGUGAAAAGCAAAACAUGCAGGAAUCACACACGAAUCACAGACGAAAUCACCCACAAGAGGACGAGUUCAUUAAAAAAUCAACCAACGAUGAGUUACUCAUUGAUAAGGGGAAACAAUGUAAAAUGUUCGAUACUAUAAUGAAAUUUUCACCGUUAACACUUUAAUUUUAAUUUAAUAGUAUAAGCAAAUGUUGGCAAAUGCUGUAUUUACUUAAUCCCCGGCGGUAAUUUCCAGGAUGAAGUUGUUGUUACGCAAUAAAUUAACUGGGCGAACAAUGCCUCUAUUAUUCCAAUCUGUUACAUUAUACCUGAAAAGAUAUUUCCAGCCGAUGAAAGCUUUAAUUUGAGGCUGCAAGAAUAAUCUGAUUUUUUAAGAGAGAUUUUCACUAUUGGAUUUGGGAAAUUAAAGAAGAUAAAAAAAUUCCUUACCAAUUUAGGUAAUGUAGGCUUCCACUUUACUUAAUUAGGACGUUUACCAUUCCACUUGUUAUACAUUUUUUUCAUCUUUGGUCAAAAUUUUCAAUGAAAGUAAAGUAAUGCCGAAAAAAAAACACCCUUUACCCUUUUAAUUGUCGUUCACCAGAAUGGAAAAGCGCUAAUUCUCUCUUUGCAUCGAUGACAAAUAACAUGUGACUCUAUGGGCCUUCUCACGUAAACUGGAUUAUCAUCCAGGUAUUUUGAAACUUUUCCAAACGGACUUGAUAGACAAAAUUUUCUGGAGGUAGAACAAAGGUUGGGAUUAAAAAGCCGUACACGCCAAUACAUAUCAGGCCACUGAGCCACCUAUUUUUAAACAUGUCUUAGCCAAUCGUUAAACGAAAAGCAUACCUCAUCGAUCUGCAGACACACCUUGUUAAAUUUAUAUUUCUUGAGUGCACCCUUUUUAAAACAUUGUAACGUGGAGUGGACUUCAUUUUACUGCAAGGAUUCUAUAGAACUCUAGAUGUCCGUGUCCAGGCGAGCAGUGCUUUUGAGACUUGUAGCUCUACUUGUUUCAGCGGUGAGUCACCAUAAAUUCAAUUUUUUUUGUGGGAGUAAGCGUCUUGUGCAUGAUCAAGUCAUUUGACAUUUUGCAGAAAAUUUGUACAACAGGGUACAUGUUGCUGGUAGAUGUAGAUUUUAGAUACAAGCUAUCAAAAUUUCUUUUUCAGCUAACCAUCCGAUGCUGAUAGAAUUUUAUCUCUUUCUUCAUCCGAACAAAUGGCGCGAGUUAACUCAUCUCUUAAGAUUUUGGAAAGAUUGAGCUGUAAAAUCCUCAAGGAUGAGGUUGAUCUUAUUGGAAAGGGAUUACAAAAUGUUUUAAGAGACCAACGUGGUGGGGAACAUGCAUUUCCUUGUUUACCUGGUCAUGAGAACUUGUUUUAUGUUUCUUAAUUCUAAAUGAAAACUGAAAACGAAUAGCAGUUUUCCAAAGAAAACAACGAUAAAUUCAAGUAAAAACGCUAGCGUAGAAGGAACCUCCAGGGGGUAUUUUUGUCAUAAUCGGAUGUUGGCUCUUCUUUGCCAUUACUGGUUAUGCCGUAACAGAAAAAAACUUUUGCUUUCAUCUUUUACGAACAUCAAAGGAACUUCGCGAAAGCUAGGCUAUGAAAUUGUUGAUACCACUCCAUAAUCAAAACGUUGAAAUAUAUGAGGACCGCUUAAGACCGAAGUGAAUAUUGACGAAAAUCGUAAGAGGGUCUGAUUUCACGAAUUUUUUGUCAGCUUUUUCAAUUUUUCGGAGUUACUAAUUGGAAAAAUUGAAUUCAUAGUGAGAUGACUGUUCGAUUCCCCUCAUUUUUGACAGAGACCUCAUCAAAGGCGGUGAUCCUAACAUGCAACUCUGUCACAUAAGUUUACCCUUUAAAGCUGUGCUUGUACCGAUUCUUCCCGAGUGGUUUUCUAAAUGAAUAGCGGGAUCAUCAUUCAUUAUGGAGUAUGGCAAGCAAUUUUGCAAAGAUGUUUUAUCUAAACUCUAAACCUUUUCGCAGACAAGCUUGAAUUAUGACUUAAACUAGGGCAAAGGGACAUUUUCGUGAUAUUGUCGAAGUAAAUGCACCUCAUGACUAGGGCAGAACAAAAUGACUGUCAGCCUAAUCACUGCUGAUCUAUAUUUUUUCGCUGUUUAGCUUGUCGCUCUAAGUAGAAAUGAUAUUGUUAAAAGCUCUCAACAUUAUAUGAAAGAUACUGAGGACAGUCGAAAGACUAAAGUUAUCGUUGCGUAUCUACUUGACUUUUUUUUCUUUUUUUCAACUAUAUUCCAUGCUAAGGUAUCUUGAAAAUUUAACUUCUUUUCGACUAUUAACAAUUAAAGAUUUCAUAACUCUGCGAAAGGAUUUAAACCACCAAAUACAAACAUGACAUACAAGGAGUAAUCAAUGGCAGUACAUGGGUAUGACAUUGGUGAGAUAUCCGCUAUAGUCCAUAAUACUAACCACAGUUGAUUAAACACUCUAUUAUGAUAUCAUUGCAUGCCUAGACAUGUAAAAGCGAAUAACGUGAGUGGCCAUCAAAUAAAAAAAAUAGAUAACUCGAGAAAUAACGAAACCGUAGGCUUGGAAGAUUAUAUAAAUUUACAAACCUCAGAUGAGAAAGGUCUGUGUCCCUAAUCCAUUUUAACGAUGUAUCGACACAAACAUGCAUUGACAAUUCCUAGUAAAGGUAAUGAGAGUAACCUGGAGAUGUCUGAUGUAGUUCGCUUUCGAAAAAACUGCUUAUUUUGCAAUGAAAAUACGCUGAUUUAAGUAAAUGCGAGUCCUCUUUCAGCACUUGUCUUAGUAUAGUGAUUCAUGACAUCAGUUGUUAUAUUUGUAGUGUCUUCCUCUUUGACUGUGCGUUGAGUUGGAAAGUCUGAAACAUCAGUCGGUCUUGCUGAUUUCAGUCAAAACGGAUCCAGAAAUGUCACGUUCAGAUCAUAGACGUAAAUAAAUAGCAUCACUUCCUUUCAUCGUGACUGAAGAUGAUCCCUUUGGUCGUGACUUCCGGUAACGCUUGAGCAUCCAAAAUGUUUGGGCCGUCUCUCUGUAAUUAGAUUACAUGACAUAAGUGUUUAUUAAAAAGUGUUCCAUUUUCCUCCUUAGGUGUUGCAUGCAUCAGAAAGCAGAGGCGAUGGGUCCACAAAUGGUAAAUGAAUAAAUGGCAGAUUUUCAUUUAGUUGUCUUCGUAAUUAUAAGAAUUUUGAUCAAACAGUACUUAUUUUUUUACGAAUUUUAACGUACACUGUUAAUAGUAACCGAUGAAUUAGUGCCAAAUGAACUUUAAGUGGACAGGUUAGAAUUUCAAAGUCUUACCAGGAUAAUGUACGUCAUAUCUGAAUGUUUUUCAAGCCUGCAGAGCCAUAGAAAGAAAUAAAGUCCUGUGAGGCGCUAUCUUACAAGAGCUAUUAUUUAAGUGAAAUUUUCACGAUGAGCCCUUACUAUAAAAGGUUAAUGGAAAACAAAAACAUAAUGACCACAAAAACUAUUCAGAGCAAAGCUCAACAUGAAGGAGUCACAAGACGUGGUAAACUAAAACUAAUGCAAUCUUGAAUAAAAGCGUAAGUUUUUUAAGAAAUUGUGGUGUUGCCUCGGUGCGGAAGUAUAAAAAAGGAUAAGUUAGUUUUAUCAACUGGGUUAAUUAUGUAAAUUAGUCACCGUAAAGAGUUUCAAAGCUGAUGUUUCGAACGUUAGCGGCCUUCGUCAGAGCGUCAGAUGCGAUCUUGCAUUACUUUAAACAUUGAAUAGAUUGCUCUUAUACAAAACAUAUUUUCGCAAAUAACGCUGAACAAUGAACAUUAAGAGAAUCUUUAUAAUUGCAUAUGCUCAUUUUGUAGCCCGAUUGCAUACAGCACUCAGAGAGUUGACUAACCCUGGCUGAUAAAAUGUUACAAUUGAAGCUUCACGUUUUAUUUCGUUGGUUGAUGAACUAAAUGUUAUCUCGUUCUUCGUUGAUGAUUUCCCGCUUUGAGAUUUAACUAGUUUUAAUUUUUAGCGAGUUCGUGUGCGCAGACUUUCUGCAGAAAGGGAAAGAUGUGUGUUGAAAGUAAGAUCGGCGAAGUGAUCACCGCAGAGUGUACGUGUCCAGUGAACUGCUCAAAUGUACAUCGCCCUGUUUGCAGCGUUUACCAUGUGGAAUUUCCAAACAUCUGUGAGUUACAUAAGUUUGCCUGUGCAAAUGAAAUGCAUAUUCAAGUAAAGCAUCAAGGGAACUGCAGCGAACAAGGUACACAAAGGUUAAAUAGCUUUCUGUCUUUAUUUUGAUGAUUUUUAUGUAGUGUGAAGUUUUUGUUAUAGCCUUGCUUUAAAUUAUCUCAUUUCAUAUGGCAUCCCCCGGCCUGAAAAGAUCUUAAUAUUCUCAGUGUGAUAUAAACACAUCUAAGGAAAAACUGGUGAAGUUUGGAUCUAAGCUACCAAUAUCGAGCCCCAUUAUGUGGGGCACGGGAUUCCAGUGUAUCGACUAUUUUUCAGUUCCCUGGUCUCACUUUUAUAAUAAAGUAUCUUGCCCAAGACACCUAUAUCAGUUAGCUAGCUCAAAGGGCAGAGCACCACACUGUCAACCAGAGUAGAGGGAUCGAGCCAUGAACUGUGUCAACACACAGGGUCUUGAAACAGCUGAGAAAGCCGGAUAUGCUGCCGUUUAGAGUGUGAUUUUGAACAAGUAUACAUUGUAGUUAUCUUGGUUAAUCAUGAACCAUAAACCUCACUCCCAAUCUUUUGUAUCCGUAAGGUGGUUAAAGGUAAUAGAUCCACGAUUACCGUCACAAACAUAGGACAAGGUUAGCUUUGUAUCAUUCAGUAAAUCAACAGCACACUUUAAAGAAGAAAUCAUGUGAAUGGGUUUGUUCGUUCAUGACUCCCAGGUACAGUAUAUUCAUAUUAAAUAACGUAAGUGCCAAUUAUUGAUCUUCCAGAGGCUUCAUCAGCUUGCCGCAAAUCACAAAUAAUAAAUUUUCAAGACAAGUGGUUGCAAAGAAUUUUCCCAGUAUACCAGGAGAGCAGGGUAUUUUCUGUGGUUGAAAGACUCCUACUUGCAAAGGUAAGGAUAAACCGAGGCUUGUGCCAAUCUUGCAACUGAUAAAUUGACAGUGCGUCACACGCUGACGGGUUAAACAUUUUUUUUUUCACAGUACAAAAUAACCAAAUGUACAAUAUCGCAAGUCAUUUGUACUCUAUUCGUGCGUUUUUUGCUCUCUACUUUAUGCAGUUGGAUAAUAAAACUGAGUACUGUUUACCCUUCGAAAAUGAAUGAAAUAUAAACAAAAGCACUCUUCAUUACUUGUGUUGUCCAUUAGGGCAAAUUUCAUGUGUUCGCCUCGUCAUUGAGUCUUUUGAGCUUUUCUGGUUACUCUUGUCUUCUCGGAAGGCAUCAAAAUGUGUAAAUGCCACAGGUUUGUGCCUCCUCCUGUUUCAAUUUCGUUUUCAAUUAAAUUGCCUUAACUACUUGUUCUCUUACAGUUUAAAAACUGUAUCCUUCAGUGGUAUUCUAGCAAUUCACCCGAAGAUCUAAGUACAUUAUUUCUCCUUAACAGAUUUUAGCCUUUGUUUACUAUUUUUAGGUUGUAGAUCAAAACGUUUGUUAUUUUUUAUUUUAAAUAUUCAAGGUUUAUAAAGAUGCUAUGGCGUUAUCAUUAAUAAAUCAGAUAAAUGCUUCACUCUUGACAGAUAAGGUUAAUGUAAAUGCAAAGUAAAACACAGGUAUUUUUUUUUCAGCGUAAUUUUGACCGGUACUGGGACAAAGAUAAAAACGGUUUGCUCAGCGAGGACGAAAUAUCAAGAAUUUUCCACGAGAGGACAUUUUUAAACUCUGCAUGCAUUGUAGGGCUCAUUAGAUCAUGUGAUACUGACAGGACCCCAGGGAUAAACAGACAAGAAUGGUACACUUGCCUCAAAACCGAAGGUAUCAGUCAUAUUCCUUUCACUUCUCUCUUCUAA